AUGUGGCUGUCCGUUGCGCUUCUCACCCUUCUGGACGGGGCGUUGGCUGCCCCCGCCAGGCAGCACUCGGGGGCCUUUGACAUGCCUUUGACGUGGACUCCCUUUGGCUUCACCACCGACGCAAUCCAGAUCGGAACUCCCCCUCAACCACUCGUCUGCUUCGUUGACUGGACUUGGAUCGGCCAAUAUGCCUUCACUCCACGUUGCCAUGGCGGUUCGCAAGGCACCUAUGCCUGUCUCCAACACGGCCAGCCUCUGUACAACGAGACGGAGUCGCGGACAUUCGCCAACCAAUCCGUUCUCUAUCCCGAGAGGACCUGGAACCCAAACCACUUCUUCUUCUACAACGACCUCUCCGUCGGCUUUGGCUCCGACAUCGAGCGUGUCGGCCCAGACCACCAGGCGAGAGUGACCCUUCAGCUGGCGGAUAUGCACUUCCAGCUGGACAUGGUGUAUCCAUUUGGCGGGGUGUACGGCCUCUCCCCAGUAUUCAAGAGCGACAACGCGUCCACACAAUCGCCCUUUUACCAGAUGUGGCAGCAGGGCGUCUACCGCUCACCCCUGGUGUCGUUCGUGUACUGCCAUAACAGCACAUUCGACCAGCCGACUCCUCGUCGCGAGCUCUGCCACGGCAAGGAUGGACUGCAGACCCUUGGCGGCCCGUCGCCGGUUCUCAGUCUCUCCGACAAGAACAACAGCAGCCCGAUCCUGUGGUAUGACAACAUCGUCUUCCCGCCCGUCAACGAAAUCGAGUUCGUCUACCAGCCUGCGGUUUACAACUACUGGGCUCUCCGUCUGACGCGGCACCUUAUCGGCGACGAGGAGCAAGCCCUCAACACCUCCAUCGGCGGAAAUCCCGGCGCCAUCUUCGACCAUGCCAGCUACGGCCGCGGUGUUCCCAUGUCCGAGAACAGUUACCGUCGUCUGAUUGAGAUCACUGGCGGACGGCCGGUGGUGCUCGAUGCGAACGUUGCUCCUAACAAUGGAAAUCAGUCCUUUGUCUCUGUGGACUGUGAGAAGGUAUCAUCCUUUCCAAAUGUCAAGUAUGUCUUUGAGGGCCACGAUCGCGUGUGGGAGGUGACCCCGGCGAACUAUGUCGAGCGGCGUGAGGUAGAUGGAAAGGAAGUUUGUGUCUUGAAUGUGAGAACUCUGGGCGAGGGCGACUGGAUUAUUGGCAACUUUGGAGAGACCUUUGCGAAAGAUAAGGUGGUUUUGUUCGAUUUUGACAAGUUGAGAGUUGGGUUGGCGGAUGUUCCUGCGGCGGCUUAUUGA